UAGAUACGUUUAGUAGAUUUGUGAUUUGAGUGAUUGUGUAACGAGAGUUACAAGCAGUAAAUUCAACGCACAAUCUUCAAACUAAAUUAUGAAGAUGAGAUGGAAGCAUUUGUGUGCUUUGUUUUCUAUCUUCUUUCUCAUUUUGAUCGUUCUCAAAUUAGUACCAGACAAAGAAUGGUUCCAACCGAAGAACAGUUUCACUGACGAGAGAAUUGCGGUUUUUGUGAGGACAUCGACGCAGACUGCAAAGACAAGGUUGCCUCUACUUCUGCAAACAUGGAUAGGGUCGUCAAACAGAAGCGUCAUAGUUACAUCUCCGGGUCAUGUUGAUCAUAAAAACUCGACCCACGUCUCAUUCGUGCAAUCAAACUGCUUUUCCAAGAAUCGAAGACUGAAUCAAUGUUGCCAGCUGGCCUUCAGUUUGAGCUACUCUAUUCGCGAGUUCCCGACAGCGUUCUGGACAUGUCAUUUUGACGAUGAUUCGUUUGUCAAUACGGGACAAUUGAAGACGUACCUUUCACAGUUUUCUCAUUUAACAGAUUAUUAUAUAGGAAGAAACUCCUUAGCUACACCUUCUAGUGUAAUCAAUAAAGAAGACAAGAGACAACAUUAUUUCUAUUUCGCAACUGGAGGCGCAGGAUUAUGUCUUAGCCGUCCAUUACUUAUGAAAUUGAAAUCAUUCGUUGAUCCUGGUCAGUAUAUAAGUCAGUGUGAUCAAACUGGUCUUUCGGAUGAUGUUUUAUUGGGAUACCUUCUUUCGAAAGAAGUUGGUGUGCGGCUAACCAUUACGAAUCGUUUGCACUCGCAUCUUGAAGACUUGAGCGCUAUGAAACGAGAAUUACUUCAGAAACAAAUAACUCUGAGUUACAAUUUGAAUUACGAAAAUAAAGUCAGCUUACCAAAUAUGUGGAACAUUGAUGAUUCAACUGGUUUCAAAAGACUCACUUGUUUAAUUUAUGGUGUCGGAGUUUCCCAAAGCUGCGAGUCCACGACGCACAAAUUGGUAUGAAAAUAUCUGAGUCAAACUAUUUUUACUUGAUGAAACGAGAUUGAUGAAGUAAUUUCGUAUAAAGCAAAAAUAGCCGGUUGCCGAGAUUUUUCAGGCCAUGGACAUUUUUCGAGAAAUCAAUUUCGAAAAAAAAC